GAAUUUACUGGUUGCGUGAGAGUUUCGUCAUUGUGAUUUGAACCACGCACUGGUGAUUUUCGUUUUUAGAAGCUAUCUUUUUUAUUCAAUACGCAAAAAUGUCUGGACGUGGUAAAGGAGGAAAAACAAAGGCAAAAUCCAAGUCUCGCAGUAGCCGAGCAGGAACAAUGUUUCCAGUAGGUAGACUUCAUCGUCUUCUUCGAAAAGGAAAUUAUGCAGAACGUAUUGGAAGUGGUUCAUCUGUUUAUCUAGCAGCUGUGCUAGAAUAUUUAUCUGCUGAAGUUCUGGAGUUAGCAGGAAACGCGGCUAGAGAUAAUAAAAAAGCCAGAAUCUUGCCACGACAUUUACAACUUGCCAUUCGAAACGAUGAAGAACUGAAUAAACUACUGUCUGGAGUAACAAUUGCUCAAGGAGGAGUUUUACCAAAUAUUCAAGCUAUUUUGUUGCCUAAAAAGACUUCAGGUGCUGCACCACCAACUGUCAAAGAAAACAAAGCUUCUCAAGAAUAUUAAAUGUUAAAAAUUAAUAUUUAAGUUGAUUUAACUCGACAUUUUUUCAUAUAUAAGUAAUUUUUAAGUGUCGAUAUUUUUCUAUUAAAAUAAUUUGUGUAUAACUUUCAUAUUUUACUACAUAUAAUACCUGUAUUUAUAAAAACAUCUAUACCUCACUUAAUUAUUUUUCAAAUAGUAAAUGUGCCACACAUGACAAUCAUUACAUCGCAUUUAAAAAUUCCAUGUCUUAAAGUUAUAGUUGUAAGUUCACUGAAUUAUUGUCAACCGUUUCUUCAUUUGUGAAUACUCCAUGUAUAAACAUUAUGUAAAAAUUGAAUAAUUAUAGGAGAUUUUGAUAUAAA